AUGGCCACCAAACUAAAAGACCUAGUGGAAUCAGAACAAUACCACAGACCUUUAUCUACUCCUAUCUACUUUCCUGAUCUCUCCAGGAUUAAGUGUGAUUAUUGCCUCACCCGCCUCUCCAAGUCAGCACUCCAGGUUGGAAAUUCCGAGACUGAGCCACUUCCGACGCUUCAUACUGUCCUACAGGGCAAGGCCGGGCAAACACCUAUACUUCGCCUUGGAUCAGGUUUCUGCGGCGCCGCUCACCUGGCCACGUCUGCUUCGCUCAUCGCUGUCCCCGCAGGUGCCAGGUUCCGCGCCGCUCUGCAGGGCGGUCGGGGCGGCGGGACCGAGAUGCGGCCCUACUGCGCGCGGCGUCUCGGCGUCACAGGGUCCGCGCCGCAGCCGCCGGGGCCAAGCGUGGGCCGGGCCGGCGUCGGCGAUGUGGGCUGCGGGAGGCCGGGAAGGAAACCUAUAGGGCAGCUCUGCACACACAUAGGGAGGGAUUUGGGAAGACUGUUCCGAGAUGAAGGAACUCUGGGGCCCGCCCAGAUUGGCUUCGCCGAGUGCAGCAGGGUGGGAGUUCAGCUGAGGGUUGGGAAUGUGAGGGAGAGACCUCCGCGGCCGGCGGCGACGCGCGUGCGCGCCCAGGGCUGGCUGCGAGUCCGGCGGCGCCGGGCGGCGGAGUGGCUUCGGGAGUCCCGGUGGGGCGGCCGCGGAGUGGGUGAGCUGCUUGGGCCGGGUGCCGCAGGUGAGAACAGGAUGGAGAGGUCAGAGUUACCUUCCAAGCAGAACAUUUCUAAUGGAUCAGAGUCAUGUGGUAGAACAUCAGGAGGAGUCUAUGGGGUGAUUCCUGAAGAACCAGAGUCUAGAGAUGCCUGUGAAGAUGCUUUAGACAAGCGGGAAGGCCAGCCCUCAGAUGAGGAAGGGAGCACUCUGGGAAGUGAUUUCUUGGAAAUAAUACAUGAGGAUAAAAAAUCCACAAAAGAUGGAUGGGAUGAAUAUAAGGAUCCUGUAGAACAUCCAGAUGUGUCCUCCAGUCCUACAGAACAUCAAGGAGUUUUGAAGAGACAGAAAUUCUAUCAAUGUGAUGAAUGUGGCAAAGCCUUUAAUUGGAGUUCACACCUCAUCGGUCAUCAGAGAAUCCACACUGGAGAGAAACCUUACGAAUGUAAUGAGUGUGGUAAGACCUUCAGGCAGACCUCUCAGCUCAUAGUUCAUCUGAGAACCCACACAGGGGAAAAGCCCUAUGAAUGCGGAGAGUGUGGGAAGACCUAUCGGCACAGCUCCCACCUCAUUCAACACCAGAGACUCCAUAAUGGGGAGAAACCAUAUAAAUGUAAUGAAUGUGGAAAAGCUUUCAAUGAGAGUUCCAAACUGUUUGACCAUCAGAGAACCCAUACUGGGGAGAAACCAUAUGAAUGCAAUGAGUGUGGAGCAGCCUUUAGUCGGAAUAAAAAUCUCAUACGACAUCAGGUGCUUCAUACUGGUAAGAAACCUUACAAGUGUAAUGAGUGUGGGAAAGCUUUCUGUUCUAAUAGAAAUCUAACUGACCAUCAGAGAAUCCACACUGGAGAGAAGCCUUAUGAGUGUAAUGAGUGUGGCAAGGCCUUCAGUCGGAGUAAAUGUCUUAUUCGACAUCAGAGCCUUCACACCGGAAAGAAACCGUAUAAAUGUAGCGAGUGUGGGAAAGCCUUUAAUCAGAACUCUCAACUUGUUGACCACAAGCGAAUUCAUACUGGAGAGAAGCCUUUUGCAUGUAAUGAGUGUGGGAAGGCGUUCGGCCUGAGCAAAUGUCUUAUUCGACAUCAGAGACUUCACACAAGUGAAAAGCCCUAUAAAUGCAAUGAGUGUGGAAGAUCCUUCAAUCAAAACUCAUACCUCAUCAUACACCAGAGAAUUCAUACUGGUGAGAAACCUUAUGAAUGUAAUGAGUGUGGGAAGGUCUUCAGUCAUAAUUCUAGCCUUAUGGUCCACCAGAGAACCCACACUGGGGAAAAACCCUAUAAAUGCAAUGACUGUGGGAAAGCCUUUAGUGACAGCUCACAACUCACUGUACACCAGAGAGUUCACACUGGAGAGAAACCUUAUGAAUGUAUUGAGUGUGGCAAAGCCUUCAGUCAGCGUUCAACUUUUAAUUAUCACCAGCGAACUCACAGUAGAGAGAAGCACUCAGGUGUCGCUCAGUGAGCUCCGUAAGGCAUCGUUCUCCAAGACAGAACAAAGAAUUUUGAGUUAAGCUUUCUUUAUAAGAAAGAUGUUCACCCUGGUCUCCUCUUAGAACCAUGGACCAUUACCCAAAUGUUCUGCUGGGAUGUGAAGGUUGGAGAGUGCGAUAACAUUGCAAUCCUUCCUCACUAAUGGGAAAGUAAGAAUGACACACUUUAUUUACUUGUAGAUUUCUUUUUUUUCAAUAUCAAAAAAUUGAUCUUAUUCAUCCCAUCAUUAGGUUCUGUGCUUCUUAAGGAUAAAGGUUGCAUCUUCCUUGUUCUACAUUCAUCUCACCAUUUACAUAAAAUCUUCCCCAAGUCACUGAUAAUAUUGUCUUUUUCUUGGCUAUGGCCUUCAGUAUCUACUUUUAAAAUUUAUGCUCUAUGUUAGAGCCUCAUCAAUUGUGCUUCCCAUCUGAAAUCCUUUUCUUUUUCCUAUUUGUGGUCUUUGUCCCUCAUUACCUUCCAGAUCUCUGAAGGGUGUUCCUCAAUUGCUUUUUCAUUCCUACUAACCUGUUGAUUUAACCUCAGUGCUCCAAAUUAGCCUGUGCUGCAAUUAGCAGUUUUUUUAAAGAUUUAUUUAUUUAUGCAUACAGGAGCUGGGGUAUAGGCCAGAGAUACAGGGGGGUGAGAGGAUUCACCAGAGACAGAGCGGGGAACAGAACAGGCAGACUGACUGAAAUACACUGCUGAGGGGAGCAGUGGGCGAGUCAGGAGAGGUCCGCUGCUCCAUGUGGGUUGCUCCCUGGCCGGGGGUCGAACUUGUGCUGCAUUGGCUGCUGAUUGCUUCAUAGUGCAUUGCUUAAUCCCUUGCACCACCAGGGAGGCCUCAAUUUGCAAUCAUUUUAAAUUGACUUUUCAAUUAUUCAGUUAUUAUUCAAUUAUUAUUAUUCAAUUAUUCUUAAUGCAUAUGUGUAUGCUUUCAUACCAAAGUAUUGUAGGUCGUUGAAGCUGGGUAUGGUAUUUAUUUCUUUUAGCAUACAUCUAACAUGAGUAAUAAUUAUGGAUAUACUAGUUGUUUAAUAAAUAAUUUUCAAAAACAUACCUUUCCAAUGGAACCAUUCUUAAAUGUGCAUAUACUGUCAUCCUGCCACUGGGCCAGAAGCUUCUAAAGAUGAAUAUCAGACACAAAUGUCUCGUUCAUAUCUUCUACUUGUACUCCUGGGAAUCCUACUGUUACCAUCUGGUGGAAUUGGGCUUUUGAUUUCCUUACUGAAUAAUGCAAUGAGGACUCUAACCGUGGCAGUUAAUUUUGAAGCUAAGAUUUAUUGAAGCUACAGAAUGACAGAAAGUUCCAGGGAGACCUCAAGGGUGAGUAUCUCUUAGAGGAACAAUUGGCCUCUCUCUUGAAUAAACCACAAGGGGCCUAACACAAG